AUGGCCUGUAGCCAUAUCGGUGUUCCCGUCGUCAGCGCCGCGCUGCGGGGGCUAGCAGGGUCGGACGUGACCUGCAAGAUCCGCAAGCCUGAUGGUCAGAUCGUCGGGGUGAAGCUCGUGCGAGGAUCGGCGCUGUACUGGGAGUCGCAUGCCGACGUGGACCGUCUGAAGAAGGAGAUGGAGACGCUGAGCAAGAAGAUGGAGGCUGAGAGCUUGAGCCACGAGAGCCGCCUCAUCAUCUUGGAGUCAAAGCUCAAGGAAAAGGAGCAGGAGCUCGAGCAGGAGCGAAAUCGUCUCAAGAAGGAGCGAGAGGGUCACGAGAGCAGCAGAACAUCUUUGAGCAUCGAGGAGACAAGCCGGAGCCUCACGGAGGGCAAGCUGAAAGCUCUGGAAGCGUCCUUCAGAGAUGAGAGAGAGAAGUUCAGCCGAUCGCAAAGUGAGCACGAGGUUUUGAAGAAUGAGUUGCUGGAGUGCAAGCGCAGAUGCGAGCAGGAGGUGAAGCUGAGAGAGCUGGCGGAGAAGAGAGAGAGACAGAACCAGGAGAGCCUGUUGGCGGAGAUAGACAGAGUGAAAGAAAAGGAUGUGAAGAUCCAGGAGCUGCAGCAGGAGAUCCUCCAUGUGCGCAGGAACGGCCAGCCCACGCCGGAUAUGAAGGAGAAUGUGGAGCUCAAGCAGAGGCUGCAAGUUUGCGAGAAGAAAGCUGCCGAGCUGCAGCAGGGAAUGAUCGAGCUGGAGAAGAAAAAUUCGGAGAUGUCGACCAAACUCGUUCAGCACAACCAAGAGCAAGCGAACCUCAAGUCGAAACUUUUGUCUGCCGAGCGAUCGCAAGCAGCGGAGUGCAAACAGAAGGAGCAGCUGCAAAAGCAGCUGAACGACCUGCAGCUGCUCCUGGUGGACAACCAGAGGCUGGAAACCGAUCUGAGAGCGGAGAAGCGAAGGCUGGAGGAGGAGGUCGCCGUGUCCAAGAGAGUGCUGGAGCAGGUGGCGCAUGCGCUGAGUCUGGCAAGGGAGAGAGCCUUGAAGGAGGAGUUGAAGGAGGUGAAGACGCAGCUCGAGAUCAGAGGGGACAAGCUCGGCAAAGAGGAGGAGAGGAGGAGCAGGAUUGAGGCGGAAGCGAAGAGAACGGCGAUCGCGCUGGACGAAUGUCAGGCGCAGUUGCAGGAGGUGAAGUCGAUCAACCAGGUGCUGCAGAGAGCAAACGACGACAAGACUCAGACGUCGGCGGAGCUGGUCAAGAGCCGAAGUCUCGUCAACGAGCUGAAAGCAGACAACAAGAGCACCUCGGAGCAACUUCGCAGCAAGGUCGAGGAGCUGGUCGAAGGGAACAAGGAACUGAGAAAAUCGGUUGAGCUCGUGUAUGACGAGGACGGGCAGGCGCUCUUGGACAAGCACAACCUCAUGGAGAGCUCGCUGGCUGCCAAGAUAGGAGAGAUGAUCAUCCAACACGAGCAAGAGGCUGCAGGUCUGGGCGUUGACAUGCGAGAGAGAUGA